GGAAAUAACAGAGGUCUGUGACUGACAGUAGUUAAUAAAAAGGAGAGAAACCCGUUAGAGCCAUCAAAGAUGGGGCUGAGUAACAAGAUGAAGCUGUUUGUUUUCAACAUACUGUGUGUGUUUCUGCAAGGCUGUUGCCCAAAUCCUCUGAGUUAUUGGACUCUGGAACCAAAUGUUCUGGUCUUGGAAGUGAACGGCACUUUGGGGCAACAACCGAUUACCUGCUUGGAGAUGACGGGCAACAACAGCCAGGAUAUAUUUUGGAGGAAGAAUGGAAUAAAGGAGUUGCAGAGAGGCAACGUUUAUCUGGUGCAGUUGUUGGAAAGCUUUGGAGGGGGCAACUACACCUGCCACAGCCGGGACGGAUCUCUCUUAAAUCACACUGAGGUCCUUAUUCAGCACUAUUUAUCCAAUAGGAGAAUUCUUCUUAAAAACCAGCAAGAGGAUUACCUGAGUUGUUCCACUCAGAACUACAAUGGAGAGUUUCACUGUUCCUGGACGUGGCACAGCAAUCGUGUUGGCAAAGCUGCUUUUAUUAAAGCUGAGCGCAUUUCGGAUGACCAGUACAGCAACUGUUCUGCAGAUCCCAGUGGCCACCAGUGGACGUGCUCCUCAGCUCAGAGUAACUUCAGCUGCCAUGUGGACAACAGCGGGUCUGGUGUUUCCUGCCUGGACCAGCAGCACUGCCCAUACGUGGAGGAAAGACAGCAAAUCCGUGUCACUGUCUUUGUAAAGACAAACGAUUUUCUGCUGGAGAGCUACUCCAAACUGUUUUACUUGUCAGAAAUAGUGAAACCAGACAAGGUGAAAAUAAGUAAAGUCAACAAAACUGUGAUAGAGUGGAGUUAUCCGAGUUCCUGGAACACGCCCUACUCCUACUUUCCCCUCACCUUCCAGAUUUCACAGCUCAGGGGUCGAUGCAGGGGGUGUGAAAACCCAUGUGCAGACAUAAAACCUUCAAAGGCUUGGACAAUGUACUCCACCGACAUCUACCAGCUGAAAGUGAAGCACAGAGUUAAGGCUGUGUGCGUCAGAGCAAAGGAUGCUUUUUGCAACUCAGAGUGGAGCGAAUGGACCCACAUCAGACUGAGGAGAGGCGGGAAAAACAGCAAACAUCAGCUGUUAACGUAA